UAUCUCGAGUUUAGGAAGUUGUACAGCUAAUUACCCGAAAAUUUAUAGGCUUAAUGUAGGCCAAAUCAAUGGCAUCUGAAAGAGCGCUUUGUGAUGACAAACGCAAGCUAGUAUUUAUUAAUUUGCUGGUACUCAUGAAGAGCAUGUUUUGUAUUAAUAAUAACAUUUCAAAUAUUUAAAAAUUGGAAGAGGUAUUUGUGCCCUUACGGUGCCUAUAACUUUCUGCAACGUCUAGAGUAUCCAUGACUCUCGAUGCUGCUGAAUAUCUUACACAAUGGAUCUCUCAUGACUUAAUAAAGAGUCAAUUCUAAAGGUAAAGCAGUAAUUAUGCCAUGUGAAUAACAGGACUUUGUUAGAAGGCCAUUUAUCGCCAAGAACUAUAUCAAUUAGUUCUUUCUGGUCAUUAUAUAAUCAUCCUGUCUGUUGAUUUAUUGCCCUAAUAUGCUAUUUUAUUCAUGGGAAUUAGUGUGCACUUCUCAAUUUGUGGUAAUGUUUACUGCUGAUGGUGACUCUGGAAGAAGCAAAAGGACUUGCAGUGCUUACGUGUCCCGGUCGACAAGAGGUCUGCGGUCAUUGUUUAGAGCAUGAUAUAUGUUUUUCUAUGCCUCUAUGCCAUUCGAAGGUGGAACAACUUGCUACGGAAGAUCUGGUUGAGCUUUCAGAGACAGAGAAGCAUAAUUUAGGCCAGACUCGCAUCAGCGACAAGGUGCAGAGGAAGGUUGCAAGGGAGAUCAAAACCGAGGUUUUGACGAGGAUUACGAGUAUGAGGCCUUUGAGGGGACGGGUGGUGACAUGGAAUGAGUGACGCGAUCUUGAUGCCACCGAGGUUUCUGUGAGGAUUGUCCAUUUGACUUUUUGAUCUCAUCCUGGCAUACUCCUUUGACUUCUCUUUCUUUCUGUACUUUCCAAUUUUGGGCAAGUUCAUAGCGUUGAAUUAGAGCAGACCAGAGCUAUGUAGAGAUUUCUGAUGUUGGAUAAACUAGGCGCAAAGAGCCAUUCUUGUGGAAAAUGUUGAUGAAUGUAUUCAUUUUCAUAUUAUUAUAAUAUUUUGAUGUUAUUAAGUGCUUAA